UACGGUUCAAUUUUGACAAUGCUCCACCAUGAAGAAGGUGUGGCUUCGGUUGCUAGGUUCUUGUUUUAGUCCUAUGUUUCUUUUCUGUAUUGUUCUUUAUCCUGUGCCAUUAAUUUAGCUUUUAUUGACAUGCUUGUCAUAUAAAUAUAUAAUGUCAAUAAUUUUUAUUGAUUAUUGUUCAAGUUUAUAUUUUAUAAAUUCAAUCCCGAAAGAACGCUAAAAUGGAUCCAACAUUACAAAGACAUGCAGCAAAAUGUAUCUACAUAAUUCCAGACGGAUUGAAAGAAUUAAUGUCUGAUAUAUCCAGAGAAGUAUUAAGAACACAACCACAAAAUAUGUAUGCCUUUAUAGCCGAUUAUUUAGAAGCCUUGCUUCUCACCAGAGAGAAUGCUCGAGUCGCAGCCAGGUUGAUCCAGAGUGUUACAGAGAUAGCAGAAACUACAAUGGAGUUCUUGCAAAAAACCGGUAUGCACAAAUCUCUAGUAGACAAAGUUGUAGGCAUCAUGGAUCGUCAAUUUAAAAAAAGAGUUUUUGACGAGCGAAAUGCUAGUCAACUCGAACAAGGUGAAUACGUAGAUGAAGCUAACAUGAUAAGCGACAUUUUAAGUGAUGUUGAAUUAGAAGAAGGUGCAAUGCAGGAGUCAAUAGCAAUAAUUCAAAGGGCAUACAGAAGGUUUAAACAAAGAAAAGAAACCGAAAAAACUCUACUUACUGGAAUGAUAGAUUGGAGAAUUGCAGCCAGAAGCGCCAUUAAAUUAUACAGGCAAACAGGAGUAACUAACGAAGAAGCAAGGCGAGCUGCGACCUUAAUAAAAGCAGCUUACAAAGGAUAUUACACCCGUAGAAUUAUGACAACACUUACAGAAGAGCAGAAAAUACUUCAUCCCGACAUAAGUGAGCCAGAAGAAGAAGGAGGUGAUUCUGACUAUAGACAAGCAACAAAAGAAGACUCUAAGGCGGUUACAAUCGACUAUGAUUCUGUUAUACCUCACGUUGAUUUUGGCGAUGUUACAGAUGUAGAAUGCACAUCAGUCGUCAUUGCAUUUACUUUAGACAAAAUUAUGGACGGGGUUAUGAAGAAAGUUGUACGUUCCGAAAAACGAUCAAAAGAAUCCAAAGCGAAAAAGGAAAAAGUCAAGUCUAAAAAAACGCAAGAUGACAAAAAGGUCGCAGCGAGUGUGAAACAAAAACAAAAACAACUAGCAGAAACUGCUGAUGACCAACUUGAUAAGCGUUCCAUUAGAAAAUCCUCGACAUAUUCACAAGGUUCUCAAAAAUCAACUAUAUCCAAAAAAGUUUCAAUAGUUGCUCGAGACGCUGAAAAACGAUCUAUUCGUUCAGUAUGUAGCGAUCGAUCGGAUCGUAGUGAUAAAUUUGGCCAUUCGCAAGUAUCAGAACCUGACAGUUUCGGCGCGAGUGAGAUUACAGGACGUGCUAGUUACGCUUCACAACAUAGUAGUCGUGCUUCAGCACACGUCAGUUAUGCUUCAUCCCGAAACAGCGAAGAUAGUUAUGCAUCAAAAUGCAGUUUCGAAUCACAAGCAUCACAAAGGGGCAGUAUUGUACCAGGCCGGGGAAGUAUUAUGGGGCGGGGAAGCAUUGUAUCGGGACGGGGAAGCAUUGUUUCGGGAAAGGGAAGCAUUGUAUCGGGAAAAGAAAGCAUUGCAUCGGGAAGGGGAAGCAUUGUAUCGGGACAGGAAAGCAUUGUAUCGGGUCGGGCAAGCAAUGUUUCAGGGCGGGAAAGUAAUGUAUCAGGACAUGGUGGCCAUAUAUCAGGAAGCGGCAAGAAAGUUCCUAAGGAUCUUUUAAUAUGAUGAAAAAUUAAUUCAGUAAAAACCGAAUACUUUUUGUUUCAAAUAAGCAUUACUUAUUUUUUUUUAAAUAUUUGUGUAAAAAAUAAAUAAAUGACUGCAG